UGCAUUUGUCGAGACCAGUCUCCUGUUGACUGCCACCACCACGACGACAUCACCACCCCUUCACUCCUGCCUGCUGCCCGUCUCUCGGGUAGUGAAAUCCAGAAAUCUCACUUGGCCCCCGCACUAAAUCUACGCCUUCGUGGUGAAAGCUCAGUCAAUUGGAUUUUACGCAUCCAGUGAAAAGUGGCAUUUCCUAUUUAGAUUACUUAAUUGGGGAAAUCUCUCUCGAAAGUCCUUCCAUUUCCACACAGAGCGGAAAAUUGCAAAUUCCACCUUCUACACCAACUCGACCAAAUGCCCACAUGUGCGUCAAAUUAAAAUAAUAAGUCCUCCUAAUGAUGCCAUUUCAACUCGUCCAGUUCAGGAAGGUUGUCUCCAACUGAAUCACGACAUGCAUCCUCGUGUACCCUCAACAAUGCUGAACACGUCCAUCACUUCGCCUGAAGUCUCGGCGUCCAAUAUCUCUCCUGAGGCCGAGGAGGGCGACAACAACAGGGACGAAAUCGUGGCCAUUGCAAAUGAACAGUUGAGCAUUUUUCAAAAACUUAUGCAAGGUUCGUGGUUGGAACAUCAGUGUUUGGAUGGCCACGUUGCGACCAAUUCAACCAGCCAGAACCAGCAGCUGAUGUGUCCCCGCACAUUUGAUGGAUGGUCAUGUUGGAACGAAACUCCGGCUGGGAUGCUGUCUUACAAUUCGUGUCCAGCAUUCGUUCUGGGGUUUGACAGUUCAAAGUACGGAUUUAAGGAAUGUCUGGAGGAUGGCACAUGGUUUAAGCACCCACAAUCCAAUAUGACUUGGUCAAACUACACGGAUUGCGUUAAUUCUGAGGAGUAUCAGUGGAGAAACUUUAUCGUGAGUUUGAACGAGAUUGGGUACGUUAUUUCGGUCGUGGCACUGAUUAUUUCUCUUCUCAUCUUUUGCGGAUUCAAUAGAUGCCUGGAGUGCACCCGAGUUCGGAUUCACAAGCAUCUCUUUGUCUCCUUCAUUAUUAACAAUCUGCUCUGGUUGGCCUGGUACACAUUUGUGACGGGAAGUCCUUCGACUCUACUCAAGGAACCGUGGUGGUGCAAAGGCCUGCAUAUCACCGUGCAAUACUUCCUAAUUGCAAAUUACCUCUGGAUGUUUUGCGAAGGGUUCUAUCUGCACACUCUCCUGGUUUUUGCGUUCAUCCGGUCGGAUUCCGAACUGUUGAGGGGAUUUUAUGUUUUUGGCUGGUUGGGUCCCAUCAUUCCCAUCUCUGCCUACGCAGGAUUGAGGAUCUACGACUCACACGAAGAUUUAGCCCCGUGCUGGACAAUGGACAGCAAGUGGAGUCUUGUGCUAGCGGUACCGGUCGUUAUGUCGCUGGGUCUGAAUCUUGGAUUCCUUUGCAACAUUCUUCGAGUGCUUAUCACCAAGCUGAAUGAUAGCCAACGCUCCUUCAACAAUGUGACGAGACGGAACUCCUCCAUCAUUGCGCCCGACUCACAGUACUCGCUUAAAAAGGCGGUCCGUGCGACACUUAUCCUGAUCCCACUCUUGGGUCUGCACUAUCUCCUGAUUCCAAUCCGACCUGCGAAAGGGACAAACUGGGAGGCGAUAUAUGACAUUGUGGCUGCUUGUAGCUCAUCCCUGCAAGGGUUGUGUGUCUCGGUCCUAUUCUGCUUCUGUAACUCGGAAGUUCUCCUUGUUUUUCGGCGCAAAAUUUGGUCCAGAUUUUCCAGAGAUGAUGACGCAUCCCCAGGUCACAACAGGGAUGAUGCUGCGGAUACUUCGGGACCACUCCCAACUAGUAUGUCGGUGUUGGUAAUCAGAUCGGAUCCAGGAGAAAAUCAAGUCGAGUCGCAAUGGAGGAGAUGCCAGCCAAAUUCUGAACGAGAGAUGUAUUGAAUUGCAUGAUAUAAUAAUCAUGGAGAACCGUGUUUAGUUUAGAACAUUUGUUUGAUUUAUCAUAUUGGAUGUUUGUGCACAUGCCUAGGUUAUGUAGAUGCAUUAAGAGUAUUAAAAUUAUGUCAAAGCCCACCGAUAGUCAUGGAUAGUAGCAUCCCAUUUUUCCUGAUAUCAUCUUCAUGUUUACACAGGGUACUUUCUAAACAAUGUAAAAAACUUGAGCUUGUGUUUAUAUAAAAUAUGUGCACAUUACGCACCAAAAAUUAAAUGAAGCUAACUUGAGGUGUAAUAAUUUGCAAGAUGCAAAUCAUUAUCAAAAGAUGAACCAUCAUAAGUAUUUAUUUUAAGACAUUCAGUCAUUAUGUAUGGACAAUCAAAUUCGACUACAUAAGAUCUAAUUGAUUGUAAAUGUAGAACAGAUAUGUAGAUUAAAACUAGUUUACUGUACAAUUAAAAUAAAUGUCCGUGGUAUGAAUGAAAGAUUUAUUAAAUAUAUAAAUGUUGUGUCCUUCUGCUAA